AUGCAGGAAUACGUUAACCACACUUCCCACGACCUCUCCUGCGACUACUACUUCGACACUUCCCACGACCUCUUCGGCGACCAUUACUUCGACACUUCUCACGACCUCUUCUGCGACAAUUACAUCGACACUUCAAAUCCUGCCUGCACUUAUGCUAAUACUUCGAAGCGCUGUCUAAUUGUUGACACAUCUGCAGCUUAA